AUGGCGCUGGGCCACCACGGUGAAUGUGGAGGUCUUGAACAAAAUCAGCAGAAACAGUCACUACUUCCCUUGCGCUGUGGCUACAUGUGGUAUUAUCUAUCUUUUUUUAUUUUUAUUUUUUUGUCAUUUAGCAGACUCUCUUAUCCAUACAGCUCACUUACAGUAGUACAAUUACGGGUAGUGCUUGCUCAAGGACACAUCGACAGAUUUUUCACACCUAGUCGGCUCGGGGAUUAGAACCAUCAACCUUUCGUUACGGCACUAAUGCUCCUUACCCACUAAGCUACCUGGAAGCGCACGGUGGUUUAUUACAACGGGUAUUUGCAAUUAUUUCCCAGAGAUAAAUGUGCUAGCAACCUUCUCCAUAAGCUUGCAGGAUUGACUUAGACCACCCAUGUCGGCUGCAGAUUGUUUCCUCUGUCUCUGCAGGCAUUUGAUGUAUUUUUCACUGCGCUAGCUAGCUAGAUGAUGGACAGCUCUGGUCCCGGGUGCUUGUGCGCAUUCCUCUACUCACUCCAAGGCAACUCGUCGUCGUCGUGCGAUGGGACCAGAGCUAGCCUAUGGUAAACACUGACCAAGCACUAUCAACUAGCUGUCUACUGAAUAACCACAGUAGCUAUCGCUUUCCACAAUGCAAGCCAGUGGAGGAUCCUCAGAAGACGAAGAAGAAGAAGAAGGGGAGGACCAUCCUGCCCAGUGAAUUUCAUAAAAAUAAAAAUGGUGAAACAAAAGAAGCUAUUGUAGUGUAGGUUAUUCGUAGGUGUUAUCAUCAAUCAAGGAGUCUGCUUAGGCUGGAUCGGGUUCAAAGGCCUUUAUUCAAACCACGAGGUUCCAGCGUAAGUACGGACACAAUAUCCGGAGAACCAGACCCCAAAUAAAUCUUGCUGUAUUCUAACUCUUCGUCACCGCUCCCCCCUUUAUAUAGCCUUCCAAGAGUUGAAUAGCUCCCUCUACUGUUCAAUCCCCGUAUCUUACCACCCACUUCCUGUCUGUCAUAGGUGACGUCACGCUAAAACCUUCCCUCUGGAUAGCAAUAAUCAACCUUCCAUUUCUUCAUGAAAAACCUUUAACAAAGACAUAAUUUUAAUAUACUACACUAUCCUUUUUAGAUAAAACUAUACUAAAUAUAUUCACGUCACCAAAUAAUUGAUUAAAACAAACUGUUUUGCAAUGAAGGUCUACAGUAGCCUCAGCAGCACUCUAAGGUAGCACCAUGGUGUAGCCAGAGGACAGCUAGUUUCCGUCCUCCUGAGGGUACAUUGACUUCAAUACAAAACCUAGGAGGCUCAUGGUUCUCACCCCUUCCAUGGACUUCCGGAGGAUGUCAUCCAACCUAUCAGAGCUCUUUCAGCAUGAACUGACAUGUUGUCCAAUCAAAGGAUCAGAGAAUGACUCUAGUACUACAUAGUCUGUUGUAGUAGACUAUCAGUCUGGUCUAGUAGACUAUCAGUCUGGUCUGGUGGACUAUCAGUCUGGUCUAGUAGACUAUCAGUCUGGUCUGGUGGACUAUCAGUCUGGUCUAGUAGACUAUCAGUCUGGUCUGGUGGACUAUCAGUCUGGUCUAGUAGACUAUCAGUCUGGUCUGGUAGACUAUCAGUCUGGUCUAGUAGACUAUCAGUCUGGUCUAGUAGACUAUCAGUCUGGUCUAGUAAACUAUCAGUCUGGUCUAGUAGACUUUCAGUCUGGUCUGGUGGACUAUCAGUCUGGUCUAGUAGACUAUCAGUCUGGUCUAGUAGACUAUCAGUCUGGUAUAGUAGACUAUCAGUCUGGUCUGGUAGACUAUCAGUCUGGUGUAGUAGACUAUCAGUCUGGUAUAGUAGACUAUCAGUCUGGUCUGGUGGACUAUCAGUCUGGUGUAGUAGACUAUCAGUCUGGUCUAGUAGACUAUCAGUCUGGUCUGGUGGACUAUCAGUCUGGUCUAGUAGACUAUCAGUCUGGUCUAGUAGACUAUCAGUCUGGUAUAGUAGACUAUCAGUCUGGUCUGGUGGACUAUCAGUCUGGUCUAGUAGACUAUCAGUCUGGUCUAGUAGACUAUCAGUCUGGUCUGGUGGACUAUCAGUCUGGUGUAGUAGACUAUCAGUCUGGUCUAGUAGACUAUCAGUCUGGUCUGGUGGACUGUCAGUCUGGUCUAGUAGACUAUCAGUCUGGUCUGGUGGACUAUCAGUCUGGUAUAGUAGACUAUCAGUCUGGUCUGGUGGACUAUCAGUCUGGUCUAGUAGACUAUCAGUCUGGUCUAGUAGACUAUCAGUCUGGUCUGGUGGACUAUCAGUCUGGUCUAGUAGACUAUCUGGUCUAGUAGGCUAUCAGUCUGGUAUAGUAGACUAUCAGUCUGGUAUAGUAGACUAUCAGUCUGGUCUAGUAGACUAUCAGUCUGGUCUAGUAGACUAUCAGUCUGGUCUAGUAGACUAUCAGUCUGGUCUGGUGGACUAUCAAUCUGGUCUAGUAGACUAUCAGUCUGGUCUAGUAGACUAUCAGUCUGGUCUGGUGGACUAUCAGUCUAGUCUAGUAGACUAUCAGUCUGGUCUAGUAGACUAUCAGUCUGGUCUAGUAGACUAUCAGUCUGGUCUGGUGGACUAUCAGUCUGGUCUAGUAAACUAUCAGUCUGGUCUAGUAGACUUUCAGUCUGGUCUGGUGGACUAUCAGUCUGGUCUAGUAGACUAUCAGUCUGGUCUAGUAGACUAUCAGUCUGGUCUAGUAAACUAUCAGUCUGGUCUAGUAGACUUUCAGUCUGGUCUGGUGGACUAUCAGUCUGGUCUAGUAGACUAUCAGUCUGGUCUAGUAGACUAUCAGUCUGGUAUAGUAGACUAUCAGUCUGGUCUAGUAGACUAUCAGUCUGGUCUAGUAGACUAUCAGUCUGGUCUGGUAGACUAUCAGUCUGGUCUAGUAAACUAUCAGUCUGGUCUAGUAGACUUUCAGUCUGGUCUGGUGGACUAUCAGUCUGGUCUAGUAGACUAUCAGUCUGGUCUAGUAGACUAUCAGUCUGGUAUAGUAGACUAUCAGUCUGGUCUAGUAGACUAUCAGUCUGGUCUAGUAGACUACCAGUCUGGUCUAGUAGACUAUCAGUCUGGUAUAGUAGACUAUCAGUCUGGUCUGGUGGACUAUCAAUCUGGUCUAGUAGACUAUCAGUCUGGUCUAGUAGACUAUCAGUCUGGUCUGGUGGACUAUCAGUCUAGUGUAGUAGACUAUCAUUCUGGUCUGGUGGACUAUCUGUCUGGUGUAGUAGACUAUCAGUCUGGUCUGGUAGACUAUCAGUCUGGUCUAGUAAACUAUCAGUCUGGUCUAGUAGACUAUCAGUCUGGUCUGGUGGACUAUCAGUCUGGUCUAGUAGACUAUCUGGUCUAGUAGGCUAUCAGUCUGGUAUAGUAGACUAUCAGUCUGGUAUAGUAGACUAUCAGUCUGGUCUAGUAGACUAUCAGUCUGGUCUAGUAGACUAUCAGUCUGGUAUAGUAGACUAUCAGUCUGGUCUGGUGGACUAUCAAUCUGGUCUAGUAGACUAUCAGUCUGGUCUAGUAGACUAUCAGUCUGGUCUGGUGGACUAUCAGUCUAGUCUAGUAGACUAUCAGUCUGGUCUGGUGGACUAUCAGUCUGGGGUAGUAGACUAUCAGUCUGGUCUGGUAGACUAUCAGUCUGGUCUAGUAAACUAUCAGUCUGGUCUAGUAGACUUUCAGUCUGGUCUGGUGGACUAUCAGUCUGGUCUAGUAGACUAUCAGUCUAGUGUAGUAGACUAUCAGUCUGGUCUGGUAGACUAUCAGUCUGGUCUAGUAGACUAUCAGUCUGGUCUGGUGGACUAUCAGUCUGGUGUAGUAGGUCACUGACGACAAGAGAACCGGUGGUAAUCCAAAUGACCACUACAGCUGUGACAAUAUGGCUGACGUAGUUGGAAGAGAACAGACUCAGGGAACAGUUGCCUCAGAAUGAACUUUUCAAUUUGUCUGUCACUGGUUUUCAAUCUGUUAAUUAAAGGGGCAAUCUGUGAUUGCUACAUCAAUUUUUUGACUUAUACAUUUGUGAUAUACAGUCAGGUCCCAAAUUAUUGGCACCCUUGAUAAAGAUAUGCAAAAAGACUGUAUAAAAUAACUAAUACAAAUUAGUAACUAUAUUGUAUGCUCAAAUUAUAUAAUUUUAUACUAUUACAAUUGGUCAGAGAAAUAGAUUUUGUUUAACAAGUAAUACAAAUGAUUGGCAGCCUUGUUUUUAAUACUCCAGGUCCCUCCCCUUACGAGGAUAACGGCACUGAGCCUUUUUCUAAAAUGAUUUUUGAGAUUGGAGAACACGGUCCGAGUGGCGCAGCGGUCUAAGGCACUGCAUCUCAGUGCUUGAGGCGUCACUACAGACCCCCCUGGUUCGAUUCCAGGCUGUAUCACAAUCGGCCGUGAUUGGGAGUCCCAUAGGGCGGCGCACAAUUGGCCCAGCAUCUUCCGUGUUUUGCCGGUGUAGGCCGUCAUUGUAAAUAGAGAAUUUGUUCUUAACUGACUUGCCUAGUUAAAUAAAGGUAAAAUAAAAUAGAUCUCUCCAUACAGAAUCUUUCCAGAUCCUUGAUAUCCUUUGUCUACGCUUCUGGACUGCCCUCUUCAAUUCAAACCACAGGUUUUCAAUGGGAUUCAAGUCCAGAGACUGAGAUGGGAUUUUACAUAAAAAAUCAACCACCAUAUUUGACAGUAGGUAUGAGGUUAUUUUCUGCAUGUGCAUCCGUUUUUCGACAACAAACCCACCACUGGUAUGUAUGGCCAAAGAGCUCUACUUUCACGUCAUCUGACCAUAGCAUGGGAAAUAUAUAACUGUAGUUAUACUCUAGCAGUGCACAGCAGGCCUCUAAACCAUUUGUAAUUGUCUUAGGUUGUUUGUCUUACUAAAGCAGUAGGACCAUUAGUCAUAUUGGUAUUAGAAAUAGUGAUGUUUAAGUUCCACAGUAGAAGAACACAAUAAAAUACAUCAGAAUGACCAUGACAGUCUGAGUAGUAGUUAAUGAUGCUCCUUUCUUAUGGCUCCAUUGUUACUGUUGGUUGAGGACCUUCCACUUCUCUCCAUUGUUACUGUUGGUUGAGGACCUUCCACUUCUCUCCAUUGUUACUGCUGGUUGAGGACCUUCCACUUCUCUCAAUUGUUACUGUUGGUUGAGGACCUUCCACUUCUCUCCAUUGUUACUGCUGGUUGAGGACCUUCCACUUCUCUCCAUUGUUACUGUUGGUUGAGGACCUUCCACUUCACUCCAUUGUUACUGUUGGUUGAGGACCUUCCACUUCUCUCCAUUGUUACUGUUGGUUGAGGACCUUCCACUUCUCUCCAUUGUUACUGCUGGUUGAGGACCUUCCACUUCUCUCCAUUGUUACUGUUGGUUGAGGACCUUCCACUUCUCUCCAUUGUUACGGUUGGUUGAGGACCUUCCACUUCUCUCCAUUGUUACUGUUGGUUGAGGACCUUCCACUUCUCUCCAUUGUUACUGUUGGUUGAGGACCUUCCACUUCUCUCCAUUGUUACAGUAAACUCAAUGUGGGUGGUGCCUUCAGGCCUCUAUUGUGUGUGUGUGUGUGUGUGUGUGUGUGUGUGUGUGUGUGUGUGUGUGUUCGUGUGUGUCGUAUUUCCUAACUCAGAGCGUCAUGUAUUCAACUCAGUUGUGAAUGUAUGUAAUCAGACCAAUGACCAUCAAGGUUAACCAGUAUGUUUGAUUAAAGGAGCAAUCUGUAAUUCAAACAACUACAUACUGACUCGAACUUGAACAAAGUCACUAAAACUGUUAACAAAUAGCCCCAGUGGGAAAAAAACAAACAUGUCAAGUGGUGUAGCCUAGGAAACUGUGUGAUCAUAAUCAAAACAUGAAAAGCACUGUUAUCUUAAAUAUAUUAUUAUCCUUUCUCAAACCCUUUAAUCAGUGAUUUGGAAAUAAUGACUCUUUAUUCUAAUAGUCACAUGUCUUCCACUCCCCUUCUACCUUUGUAUAUUGAAAGCCCACAGCUUCACUCUGACAUCCGUCCUCUGUGAAUGAUACGUUAAUACAACCUGAUGUAAGUUAUGCAAGGCUAUUGUCGUAGAGCGCCGACAGAGAUAGAAAUUAGUGGAUUAAAUUAUGUCUUAAUAAUGUUGAGGUUUAAACUAAAUCUAAACUUAAACUCUAGUCUGUACCAAAUAGCAUGUGAAAGAAAGUAACCCAUUAACACUUAUCUUGUAAGGUUUCUCGCACGCUUGAUCUGAAGAUUUAUGUGCAGAAUGAUGACAGCAAAGCGGUUGUUUCUUCUCUUGGUGAUAAUAUCAGGUAGGGAAGAAUGGUAUUUUACAUAGAUGAUAAGAUUGUCUGAGAUGAAUAGGGAGACUUGUAGGGAAGUAUGUGGGAUCGAGGAGAUGGUGAAAGGUACAGGCAGUCAAAACUACUUUUUAACAGAUAUAGAUUGGGUAAUAAGGAAAAUCUUGUUCUUGUUUGUUGGCAAUCAAUGAAUUUGACAUACUGUAUUUAAGGUGAAUUGUAAUGUAUACGUUUUCAACCUAAUAUAUUAACUCACUGUUUUUUUGUUCAGGAUUGGUUGUAACAAGCUGUGGUGUGUGUGAUGUGGGAGAGGACUGUAUCGGUGUUGGUGGAACAUCUUGCUGUGCAGACCCCUGCCAGCACUACACCGUACUGAAUGACGACUGGCGUGCCACCAACAACAAUGCUAACGUUAAUGGCGAGCACUGCGACCGGAGCAUCAACUGGCAGGGCUGGUAUCGCCUUUUCCUGGGGAACACCAGUGUUCAGAUGCCAGAGAGGUGUGUGGAGAGGUACAUGUGUGGGACUGCCUUCCCCAUGUGGCUCACAGAUCCCCAUCCCCAGCUGUCAGACGGAGUGGUUCAGAGGGGGGUCUGUGGGAGCUGGUAUGGUGACUGCUGCAGCUUUAGACAAAAUCCCAUCCAUGUCAAAGCCUGCUAUGGAAACUACUAUGUCUACAAAUUUGUCCCUACAACACUCUGCAACUUGGCCUACUGUGCAGGUAUGACAUCAUAAUGUCCUUGUGAUUGUUUCUUAAAGACAUCAAUAAUGUUCCAAUGUGUCCAAUUCACUCUCUGAACCCAGAACCAAGUCUCACCUGUCCCGCAUUUAUGUCAUGAGAGACUUUAGACACCACACAACGGGUGUGUAAAAACAACGUGUGCAAACAAACUCACCCAAAAUAUAUUUUUUGGCAAAUACAUUGUAUAUCAGUCGUAUAACCUGAGUGUGCACCAUGAUCCAAAUCCAUGAACCCCCCUUCCCCUCUGCUGUUCCAGACGUCAACACCAAGGUGUGUUCUACCUGUAGAAACGAUGAGACCUGUAUGAGUGACAACAAGAUCAACUGGAGGUGCAAGAGGAAAGGUGAGUGUUAAGAAAAACACAUCUUACUCCUCAGUGUAUAUACAGUAUGUUGUGUCAGGACCAUGGUGGAAGGCAAAGGUGUACAAUGUCUUGUAGUUGAGUUUCUUAAUGUCUGUGUUCUUGACAGUAUGGAGUACUCAUGCUCUCUCCACUCUCUCUCUCAGUCACCCUCCUCUCAUUUUACUCUCUCAAAGAGCAAUCUUCUACAACUAUCUCUAAACCCACAACUACAUCUACAACUGUACCUGAAACCACCACCACCACCACAACUCCAGUAACCAAAACCACCACAACAACUCCUGUACCUGGAACCCCCACCACAACUCCAGUACCUGGAACCCCUACCACAACUCCAGUACAUGAAAACACCAGCACAACUCCAGUACCUGAAACCAGCACCACAACUCCAGUACCUGGAUCCCCCACCAGAACUCCAGUACCUGAAAUAACCACCACAACUCCAGUACUUGAAACCCCAAAUCUAGUACCUGGAACUCCCACCACAACUCCAGUACCUGAAACCACCACAACAACUCCUGUACCUGGAACCCCCACCACAACUCCUGUACCUGGAACCCCCACCACAACUCCAGUACCUGGAACCCCCACCACAACUCCAGUACCUGAAACCACCAGUACAACUCCAGUACCUGAAACCACCAGUACAACUCCAGUACCUGAAACCAGCACUACAUCUCCAGUACCUGAAAUCACCACCACAACUCCAGUACUUGAAACCCCAUAUCUAGUACCUGGAACUCCCACCACAACUCCAGUACCUGAAACCACCACCACAACUCCAGUACCUGGAACCCCCACCACAACCCCAGUACCUGGAAACCCCACCACAACUCCAGUACCCGAAACCACCACCACAACUCCAGUACCUGGAACCCCCACCACAACUCCAGUACCUGAAACCCCAUAUCUAGUACCUGGAACUCCCACCACAACUCCUGUACCUGGAACCCCCACCACAACUCCAGUACCUGGAACCCCUACCACAACUCCAGUACCUGAAAUAACCACCACAACUCCAGUACUUGAAACCCCAAAUCUAGUACCUGGAACUCCCACCACAACUCCAGUACCUGAAACCACCACAACAACUCCUGUACCUGGAACCCCCACCACAACUCCUGUACCUGGAACCCCCACCACAACUCCAGUACCUGGAACCCCCACCACAACUCCAGUACCUGAAACCACCAGUACAACUCCAGUACCUGAAACCAGCACUACAUCUCCAGUACCUGAAAUCACCACCACAACUCCAGUACUUGAAACCCCAUAUCUAGUACCUGGAACUCCCACCACAACUCCAGUACCUGAAACCACCACCACAACUCCAGUACCUGGAACCCCCACCACAACCCCAGUACCUGGAAACCCCACCACAACUGCAGUACCUGAAACCACCACCACAACUCCAGUACCCAAAACCACCACCACAACUCCAGUACCUGGAACCCCCACCACAACCCCAGUACCUGAAACCCCAUAUCUAGUACCUGGAACUCCCACCACAACUCCAGUACCCGAAACCACCACCACAACUCCAGUACCUGAAAUCACCACCACAACUCCAGCACUUGAAACCCCAUAUCUAGUACCUGGAACUCCCACCACAACUCCAGUACCUGAAACCACCACCACAACUUCAGUACCUGGAACCCCCACCACAACUCCAGUACCUGAAACAACCACCACAACUCCAGUACUUGAAAACCCAAAUCUAGUACCUGGAACUCCCACCACAACUCCAGUACCUGAAACCACCACCACAACUCCAGUACCUGAAACCACCACCACAACUCCAGUACCUGGAACCCCCACCACAACUCCAGGACCUGAAACCCCAAAUCUAGUACCUGGAACCCCCACCACAACUCCAGUACCUGAAACCCCAAAUCUAGUACCUGGAAACCCCACCACAACUCCAGUACCUGAAACCACCACCACAACUCCAGUACCUGAAUACCCCACCACAACUCCUGUACCUAGAACCACCACCAUAACUCCAGUACUUGGAACCCCCACCACAACUCCAGUACACGAAACCACCACCACAACUCCAGGAACUGAAACCCCAAAUCUAGUACCUGGAACCCCCACCACAAAUCCAGUAACUGAAACCACCACCACAACUAGAGUACCUGAAAACCCCACCACAACUUCAGUACCUGAAACCCCAUAUCUAGGACCUGGAAACCCCACCCCAACUCCACUACCUGAAACUACCACCACAACUCCAGUACCUGAAACCACCACCACAACUCCAGUACCUAGAUCCCCCACCACAUCUUCAGUACCUGAAACCACCACCACAAAUCCAGUACCUGGAACCACCUCCAUAACUCCAGUACCUGAAACCACCAUCACAAAUCCAGUACCUGAACCCCCAAAUCUAAUACCUGGAACCCCCACCACAACUCCAGUACCUGGAACCCCCACCACUACUCCAGUACCUGAAACCACAACCAGAACUCCAGUGCCUGAAUCCCCCACCACAACUCCAGUGCCUGGAUCCCCCACCACAACUCCAGUACCCGAAACUACCACCACAACUCCAGUACCCGAAACCACCACCACAACUCCUGUACCCGGAACCCCCACCACAACUCCAGUACCUGGAACCCCUACCACAACUCCAUUACCUGGAACCCCCACCACAAUUCCAGUACCUGAAACCACCAUCACAACUCUAGUACCUGGAACCCCUACCACAACUCCAUUACCUGGAACCCCCACCACAAUUCCAGUACCUGAAACCCCCACCACUAUUCCAGUACCUGAAACCACCACCAGAACUCCAUUGCCUGGAACCCCCACCACAACUCCAGUGCCUGGAUCCCCCACAACAACUCCAGUACCCGAAACCACCACCACAACUCUAGUACCCGAAACCACCACCACAACUCCUGUAUCCGAAACCACCACCACAACUCCUGUACCCGGAACCCCCACCACAACUCCAGUACCUGGAACCCCCACCACAACUCCAGUACCUGGAACCCCUACCACAACUCCAUUACCUGGAACCCCCACCACAAUUCCAGUACCUGAAACCCCAAAUCUAGUACCUGAAACCACCACCACAACUCCUGUACCCGGAACCCCCACCACAACUCCAGUGCCUGGAUCCCCCACCACAACUCCAGUACCCGAAACCACCACCACAAUUCCAGUACCUGAAACCACCAUCACAACUCCAGUACCUGGAACCCCUACCACAACUCCAUUACCUGGAUCCCCCACCACAACUCCAGUACCUGGAACCCCCACCACAACUCCAGUACCUGGAACCCCUACCACAACUCCAUUACCUGGAACCCCCACCACAAUUCCAGUACCUGACACCACCACCAGAACUCCAUUGCCUGGAUCCCCCACCACAACUCCAGUGCCUGGAUCCCCCACUACAACUCCAGUACCCGAAACCACCACCACAACUCUAGUACCCGAAACCACCACCACAACUCCUGUACCCGGAACCACCACCACAACUCCAGUACCUGGAACCCCCACCACAACUCCAGUACCUGGAACCCCUACCACAACUCCAUUACCUGGAACCCCCACCACAAUUCCAGUACCUGAAACCCCAAAUCUAGUACCUGAAACCACCACCACAACUCCUGUACCCGGAACCCCCACCACAACUCCAGUGCCUGGAUCCCCCACCACAACUCCAGUACCCGAAACCACCACCACAAUUCCAGUACCUGAAACCACCAUCACAACUCCAGUACCUGGAACCCCUACCACAACUCCAUUACCUGGAUCCCCCACCACAACUCCAGUACCUGGAACCCCCACCACAACUCCAGUACCUGGAACCCCCACCACAACUCCAGUACCUGGAACCCCUACCACAACUCCAGUACCCGAAACCACCACCACAAUUCCAGUACCUGAAACCACCAUCACAACUCCAGUACCUGGAACCCCUACCACAACUCCAUUACCUGGAUCCCCCACCACAACUCCUGUACCCGGAACCCCCACCACAACUCCAGUACCUGGAACCCCUACCACAACUCCAUUACCUGGAACCCCCACCACAAUUCCAGUACCUGAAACCACCAUCACAACUCCAUUACCUGGAACCCCUACCACAACUCCAUUACCUGGAUCCCCCACCACAACUCCAGUACCUGGAACCCCCACCACAACUCCAGUACCUGGAACCCCCACCACAACUCCAGUACCUGGAACCCCUACCACAACUCCAUUACCUGGAACCCCCACCACAAUUCCAGUACCUGAAACCACCACCAGAACUCCAUUGCCUGGAUCCCCCACCACAACUCCAGUGCCUGGAUCCCCCACAACAACUCCAGUACCCAAAACCACCACCACAUCUCUAGUACCUGGAACCCCCACCACAACUCCAUUACCUGGAACCCCUACCCCAACUCCAUUACCUGGAACCCCCACCACAAUUCCAGUACCUGAAACCACCAUCACAACUCCAGUACCUGGAACCCCUACCACAACUCCAUUACCUGGAACCACCACCACAAUUCCAGUACCUGAAACCCCAAUUCCAGUACCUGAAACCACCACUACAACAACUGGCCAAAUAGCUGUCACCACCAUCAAGGAACCUACGCUUUCUCCUAUCACGGCCCCAGAGCUGGUGUGUGGGCGGAGCCUGGUACAGGUGGGUCUAAACAGGGCCCACCUGGAGGCUGCUGGUCUGAACGCUUCCUCUGCUCAUCUGUCUGACGGACGCUGCUCUGCCCACGAGGAUCGUAAUGGCACGGUGUGGUACCAGGUGGAGCGCAGGGAGGGACGCUGUGGAAACAUUCUGGAGGUGAGAACACAUUACCUCAAUGUCUGACUGGAGGUUAUUCAACACUGGAAGAGUUUUGAUUAUAACUGAUCCUUAAUGUUUGUAGGUCUGUGUAUAAGGCCUUAAUGUUAGUAGAUCUGUGUUUAAGACCUUAAUGUUAGUAGGUCUGUGUAUAAGACCUUAAUGUUAGUACGUCUGUGUAUAAGACCUGAGUAUCAAUUGAACUGUGAACACUUCUCUUCUUCUAUUUCAGACUAACACCACCCAUGCUGUCUACUCCAACAGCUUAUUAGUUUAUCCAGUAGAUGGGCGAAUCGACUCUCUCUCCCGACCCGUGAGCUAUCCUCUCUCCUGUGUCUACCCUCUGGAGACAGAGAGCAGCCUGGAUGUGGCCAUCAAACCAUACCUACCGUGAGAAAAUACACCACACAUCAUUCCGCUUUCUUUGUGCAGACCAGCCAUAAUGACAUAACAUUUUUCAUUUGAUCAAGGAUGUAGAAUGACAGGAUAACGUAUUUAAGCUGUGCCUACGCAUUGGUUAGGUCUGCCAGUACACCUGUCAAUCUACCUCCUUGAUUUUAUGUUUGCAAACUUUGAUUUGAUUUGUGGCUUCACCUCUUGACAGACCUGGUAAUGGAGUUGUUAGAGUCGGUGCCAAGGCCAGAGCCUCCAUGUCUCUGUACCUUAACGCCAACUACACAGAGCCUUACCCAGCAGGCAGAGUCACCAUGCCGGUGGGCUCCACCCUGCAUGUGGGCGUGUCUGUAGAGGUGGGCGUGUCUGUAGAGGAGUCCGAGGCAGAGCGUUACGUGGUCGUUCUAGACAACUGCUACGCCACGGAAUCCCCCAGCCCAGAUGACCUCCCGCGGUUCUACUUGAUUCAACACAGGUCUGUGACUCUAUUCAUCAGCUGUUUGCAUGUGCGUUUGUGCUAUGUGUGUGUGUGUGUAGUAGGAGUUGGUAUGUACGUGUAGCUGUAAAUACCUUGAACCCUACACUUUGCGGCUUCUUGGCUCUUCUCCCAGGUGUCCUAGCAAUCGAACCCAGGUGAGGGUGGAGGAGAGCGGCUCGUCCCUCAGGGCUCGCUUCUCUGCUCUGCUGUUCCUCUACCAGGGGGACUACUGGGACGUCUUCCUGCACUGCAGCCUCAGCCUGUGUGACCAGAGGAGCUCCUCCUGCACUCCGGUUAGUCCUCAAAUCCUCCACAGUCUCUCUUGACUCUCUGACUUGGUCUUGGUUUGGUCUCUCUGACUCUGACUUAUUUUUUAAGUUUCUCUGACUUAGUGUUUGGUCUCCUUAGUGUUUGGUCUUUCUGACUUAGUGUUUGAUCUCUCUGACUUAGUGUUUGGUUUCUCUGACUUAGUGUUUGGUCUCUCUGACUUAGUGUUUGGUCUCGCUGACUUAGUGUUUGAUCUCUGACUUAGUGUUUGGUUUCUCUGACUUAGUGUUUGGUCUCUCUGACUUAGUGUUUGGUCUCGCUGACUUAGUGUUUGAUCUCUCUGACUUAGUGUUUGGUCUCUCUGACUUAGUGUUUGGUCUCUCUGACUUAGUGUUUGGUCUCUCUCACUCUACAGGUGUGCCCUGGGGGGAGAUCCCGCUCUGUGUCCAAGUCCGUCCCCCUCAAACCCCACACCAUCGGGCCAAUCACCUGUGAGUUUUUAAUUCAAGUUUAGUUAAUGAGAUAAUAUACCACAUAGGCUUUAGGUCUACAAUAAGUAGCUAACUACUUUCGUUGUGGUGUGUUUUAAGCGACCAGCUGCAGGGUGCCAGCGAACGGUGGCUGUUUUUGAUGAUUCAACAUGUAGAAAAAGUGACGGUUGUUCUGGUGUGUUUCCUCUCUAACUGUCUGAUUCUCUUUGACCCCCAGGGGCCCAGAGUCUGGAUUGAGCCUUGGGAACCCCCCAGCAUGUCUUAUGAAGGAUGGGAUCCCUCCUCCACUACUCCCCUGAUCUCCAUCCAGACAUACAGCCCAGUAUAGCUUUCAAGGUCACAGAAAUACUGUAUUGAUUAUAGUAGUUCAUUUAUGCAAUACAGUGUGAUUUCAUUGUACUGUGUAUGUUGUUUACACAUAGACUUGCAUUGUUUUUGAGGACUGAUCAUUUCCUCAAUCAUUGUGUAAGUGCCAACCAAACCUGAGUUGCUGUGUGUGUAUGCUGUGAUCUGAUGAAGACAAUAAAUAACUCUGCAUGAUGAUGCUCAUUGUCUAAUGAUUGUCUAUUUAACAGGUUGGAAACAUAGAUACAUGUCUAUGUUUAUUGUAAGGCAGGAUAAAUACAUAUUUACAAAAGGCAGAACAAUGAGGGAUUGAGGCAGAACAACGUGUGGCGUAUUUGGUAUAGGAGAAAGUACUAAUAGACCAUAGCAGCUUUUAGGAAAGCUGGCUAAACUUGUUAAAGACAAGUGAAAUUCAAGAUACAUGUUUAGUCAAUGUGCUGGACACUUCCUAGGUUGUCUUACUAAAGCAGUAGGACCAUUAGUCAUAUUGGUAUUAGAAAUAGUGCUGUUUAAGUUCCACUGUAGAAGAACACAAUAAAAUACAUCAGAAUGACCAUGACAGUCUGAGUAGUAGUUAAUGAUGCUCUUUUUAAUGACUCCACAUGGGUAGCGCCUUUUAAUAUUUGUGUGUGCAUGCCUGUGUAUAUACUAUUGUUGUCUCCAGUUACCUAGACAACACGGUUGGUUAUUUUUCACUACAGGAUCUUGUGCCAUCAUCAUCGACUGCCAAACAGAAGAUAAGAAUCCUGAAAACUGUCCUGUUCAUUUACUAUUGUUCGUGAUGUUUGUUUAAGAUUCCUUAUAGGAUACUAUACUCCUGACAACUGUCCUGUGCACACAGUCUAUGGUGUCUUGCUCAUGUUCGUGUCAGCAGUCAGCACUCCAUGUAAUAGGGAAGUUUACUUUGUGCACAUAACUCAUUCCCGUACCCUUUAGGGAAAAUAACAUAUUCAAAUCAUAAUCAAAUACAUAUGUGUCACACUUCCUCCGAAGCUGCCUCCCCUCCUUGUUCGGGCAGGCUUCGGCGUUCGUUGUCACCGGCCUUCUAGCCACUGCCGCUCCAUAUCUCAUCAUUCCAUUUGUCUUGUCUUGUCAUUACACACACCUGGUUCAUAGCCCCUCAUUAGUACAUGUAUAAGUGUUCCCUCUGCCCCCUUGUCCUUGUGGGUGAUUGUUUCAUGUGAGAUGAGUGUAGCUCGGUGGAGCUAUCUGUACGUUGUAUUGCCAGGGUAUAUUUUCCCCGUGUGCCUGUAUUUGUUCCAGUGCGACUGUUGACGCUAUCCAGCGUAACUGUGUACGACGGAAUAAACUCUGUAUUCUGUGAUUUACCCUCCUGCGCCUGACUCCUUCAAAUCACACUCUCACAAUGUGUCUGAUUUACAAUUGUAAAUUUAGUCAAAGCUUUACAGUUCAGCUUCUGCAUUUUAGAAAAUAUUUUACUUUGCUAUUAUGUUCUGCAAUGGACUGAAAUUACUUGGUAGAACGUCUAUUUGAUUUAAAGUCACAUGUAUAUACACUCUUAGAAAAAAGGGUUCCGAAAGGGUUGUUCGGCUGUCCCCAUAGGAUAACCCUUUUUGCUUCCAGGUAGAACUAUUUUUGCUUCCAUGUAGAACCUUCUGGGGAAAGGGUUCUACAUGGAACCCAAUAGGGUUCUACAUAGAAACAAAAGGGUUAUACCUGGAACCAAAAAGGGAUCUUCAAAGGGUUCCACUGUGGAGACAGCCAAAGAAUCCUUUUAGGUUCUAGAUAGCACAAUUUUUUUAAAGAGUGUAGACAUGGCUGUUUACAAAAGGUUGGAUAAAAGGCUGCAGUAAAGGGGACUGUGUCCUUUGCCAUGACCACAUGUACACUCAUCCUACAUCCUAUUUAAAAGGCUAUUUUCGCCUUAAAAAUAAAAGUAUAUUUUUGAAAGUGAUGUAAAUGGAUACAAUUAGUGGAAUCAUGCCAUAUUCAUAAUGCUGAACAAGGUUGGAAUGUUGUAAUAUAAAUUCAACAAAUAACAAGAGGGGCUUUUAUUUUGAAGGCGAACCGCAAAUUCCACUAUUGUGGCUAAUUCUUAUUGUGGCUACCUUCAUUGACCAAAUGCGAACACUGGCUUAUAAAUUAGUCAUAUUUUAGAUUAUGACACCUAGCUAGAUAGUUAGCUAGCAAACUAUAGCGACAGAAACAGAUGAUGUUGUUUUGCUAUGUUUUUGGGGAAGAACAUUGUUUGCGUGCAUCAACAGUUCCAGAGCUUGAAGAAGUGUGUCUGCCUCGUGCGGCAGCGGCAGGUGCGCGAGACAAAACAUUACCAGCAUCAUAGCAUACCUAUCGGUGAAUCGCUGUGACAUAUGAAAUACGAGUGAUAGUGUAAUCAAUGUGUAAUAACUACGUAAAAAAGUUAUAAACGUGUUCAAAUAUUAUGUGACGUACACUCAUAUCCAGGUCCUGAUUGGUCAACAAGCUUAUUUGAUGCGUCAAAUAGUGUUAUUUGUGGUGUAUCUUUUUUUUACAAGCAAAGACUCAAAUGGCGUUCCAUACUAUUUAGGUAUGCAAUAAUAUUUAUAUACUAUACACCAUUAUGACAACCUUGGCACUCAGAGGAUCUAAAGUAUUUUAUCUAUGAUGACAGAAAAGCAAGUCUGAUGACUGUUUGACAAUGGGAAGAUGGGGGUGUAAACACAACUCAAUGGUGAGAGGUGCCAUAUUGUUCCUAAGGCAAAACCAUUUAGAUGAACAUUUUAAUAGUACAUCUUACAACAACAAAAAUAGGCCUAUUUCUUGCCUUGUUUAAGCAAUAGCCUUUUGAAGCAAAGAAGAACUUACUGUGAGGAAGUCAUUUCCCUCCAGGUUGAGGAGAAUGCAAGCUCAUUGGAGAGGUUACAUCUGCCCAAUUGCAUCACUCACAUCCUUGCCACCUUUUACAGGAGAAACCUAAUCUAAAGAAAUGAGACAAUUAUUUGUAAUGACGUCACAUCAAAAGAGUGUCCUCAGACAAGGAUGUUUCUCCACAAGCUUGGUCCAUGUGUGUAAGCAACUGUUUGGCUAGUCCAAACAAUAGGUGUGCCCUACCCCCACAGAUGUAGGCUCUGGCUUUCUGCAGUGCUGAAUGCUGAGUUGGGCUUGUGGAUUCUUUCAUUCAAGAUUUCUGUGGUAAUGAAAAAGCACGAAAUAAUGUGAAAUUUACUAGAACUAAACAACAUGCAAAUGUGUGGUUUGAGACAGGGAGAUGACAUGGGGCCUGUCCCCUCAGUUUCAAUGACACAGCUAUACUCAAAGUUACCAAUCCAUGAAUCCAACAAAAUAAUUUCCCAAGUUUGAGGCAAAUGUUAUAAGAGAACAGUGAAAACAAAAUGAUAAAUUAGACAUUUAAGCAAACAAAGAUGAAUAUUUUAGCAAUAUAUUUAAUGGUCUAUCAUGCUGAAAAUGGAAUUUGAUUAACCUACCUUAAAGUAGCACCCACUGAAAAUCACAAUUGCUGUUGUCUUCUCUCUGCCUUGAAUCAGCUGAGAGAGAUUCUCAGACUAGUGGUCUGCUGCACUCACCCACUUUCAGCCACAAAUAAUCUAAUUUAAACGUCAAUACUAUACCUUUGCUUGUCAUUCACACCUAAUGGCACCACACCAGAGAUGUAACUCUGAUCUACUUCCCUUCAGACCUGUGUGCCCCUUGUAAUAGAGUACUGCAAAAAUAACUACACUACUGUAGUUAACUUGAUAUUUCCCUUCCAUUAACUUUAUACUUGGCAGUUUAUCAGUUCGACCUGUCCUCAAGGGCCCUCACAGUGUUCUACAGGAGCACCAUCGAGAGCAUACUAUUGGGCUGCAUCACAUCCUGGUGCGGCAACUCCACCGCCGCUGGCUGACCGCAAGGCACUACAGAGGGUGGUACUCAGCCGAACAUACCGUUGGUGCACACUGCCUACUCUCCAGGACACCUACAACACCAGGUGUCGCAGGAAGACCAAGACGAUCAUCAGGGACCUCGGCCACCCGAGCCACGGCCUGUUCUCCCCGCUUCCAUCACUCAGAUGCAGCCCCGACCCCCCCCCCCCCCCCCCCCCCCCCCCCCACACAUUCUCAUCCCUCAGAUCAGCUCAGCAGUCAAUGAUUAGAUUCGAUUAGAUUAGUCACAUGCACAGGGUCACAUAUGUAAUGAGAAUGGAUGAGAAUGGGAAAAACAGGUGUGUCUCGGGUGGUGGCAGGUGUGGCAAGGUGUUAAGAUGUUUGCUCUUAUUUGAAUUUCAAAUAUUGAUUUUACCAUUUGAAACACUCAUUUCCUCCUUCGGCAUAUGUAUAUAAAUCAAGCAGGUAUGGUACCUUCUACCACAAACAAAGGCACACUCCAGACUGGUAAGAUUGACUCUAUUGUUUCUAAGAUUGUGUUUUGCGACGUCCAUCAGAAAAGCUGCAAAGACUUAUCCGUCAACUACUUGAAAACAGAGAACAGCGUUUCUGCCACCUCUGCGUUAGACAUGCAUUUCAUGAGUUUUGGUUUGAAGGCACCCCAAUAGGAAAUCUCUCCUGAUUGACUGGGCCAGUUAUUUGGGGAAGAUUUGACUGUUAAUAGUGAAUGAAUAGCUAAAUCAAACCCCUCUCUCCCCUUACAAUGUUGCACCACAGGUGUCCGUGGUAACCAAAAUCAUCACAAACAGGUACGUUUGAUAAUUUCUUCAGUAUUACAGUACUACAGCAUGAAUGUCUGUAUCUGUAUCUGUAUUUGGUUAAUGCUGUAUCUGUAUUUGGUUAAUGCUGUAUUGUAUCUGUAUUUGGUUAAUGCUGUAUUGUAUCUGUAUUUGGUUAAUGCUGUAUUGUAUCUGUAUUUGGUUAAUGCUGUAUUGUAUCUGUAUUUGGUUAAUGCUGUAUUGUAUCUGUAUUUGGUUAAUGCUGUAUUGUAUCUGUAUUUGGUUAAUGCUGUAUUGUAUCUGUAUUUGGUUAAUGCUGUAUUGUAUCUGUAGAGAUAUCUCAGAGAACAAAGAACAACCAAUCAGUCACAUCGAAGGCCACUGAAAUCAGUUCCAAAAGGUAAGUGCUCUCUCUCAACUAGAAGAAUCUUGCCACUUUUGAUAUAAUGUAGUUUUAUGUUGCGUAACGUAUUGUAAUGACUUUGGUGAUGAUGAUGCUACUUUCUCUACCUGACUAUGUUUUAACAGACCUUUGACAACCUUUGAGUGUGUUGCUGUUAAUCACAUUUUUGGUAUAUUCAUCAAUAUUGUUUCAGAUAUGUUUCCACUGCCCUCUUCACUUCACUUUGCUCCUCAAUGCAUUCACAAUUUUACAAUUCUUGGUAUUAUUUUUUUUCAGUCGUGUGUCUGAUCUGAAGAGAAUCUGAACAGAAUGAUGUCAUUGGGUGUUCUGCUGGUGCUCCUGUUAUUUAAGCAUGUUACUGCAGACAUCUCAGGUAAAGGGUUGAUUGGCUUUUUACCGUUUAGGUAAAGGAAUGAGAGAAUAUUGCUGCUCCCCAGUGCUUUAUUCCUGCACCCAAAAUAGCAAUGUUCAGUGUGCGGAUCUCUCAUUUCUUAUCUCAGUGUAUUAUUUAUUUUAGCCCAGCACCCUCAUUCUCAAGUUCAGGAUGUAGAUAUCACCCUUGUUGUCAAAUUCAGGAUGUAGAUAUCACCCUCGUUGUCAAGUUCAGGAUGUAGAUAUCACCCUCAUUCUCAAGUUCAGGAUGUAGAUAUCACCCUCAUUCUCAAGUUCAGGAUGUAGAUAUCACCCUCGUUCACUACAGCCUCGCAGCGAUGUAGAUAUCACGGCUCGUUCUCAAGUUCAGGAUGUAGAUAUUCCACCUCAUUCUCAAGGUCAGGAUGUAGAUAUCACCCUCAUUCUCAGUUCAGAUGGUGUGUAGUACUCACCCCUCGUUCUCAAAGUUAAGGAUGUAGAUAUCACGCUCGUUCUCAAGUUUAGGAUGUAGAUAUACCCUCAUUCUCAAGUUAAGUAUGGAGAUAUCACCCUUGUUUCAAGUUCCGGAGUAGAUAUCACCCUCAUAUCAAGUUCAGGAUGAGAUAUCACCCUAAUUCUCAAGGUUAAGGAUGUAGAUAUCACCUCUUCUAGGAAGUUGGAUGUGAGAUAUCACCCUCAUAUCACGUUCCGGAUGUAGAUAUCACCCUCAUUCUCAAGUUAAGGAUGUGUAGAUAUCACCCUCGUUCUUCAAGUUCAGGAUGUAGAUAUACCUCAUUCUCAAGUUCAGGAUGUAGAUAUCACCCUCAUUCUCAAGUUCAGGAUGUAGAUAUCACCCUCAUUCUCAAGUUCAGGAUGUAGAUAUCACCCUCAUUCUCAAGUUCAGGAUGUAGAUAUCACCCUAAUUCUCAAGUUCAGGAUGUAGAUAUCACCCUCAUUCUCAAGUUCCGGAUGUAGAUAUCACCCUCAUUCUCAAGUUCCGGAUGUAGAUAUCACCCUCAUUCUCAAGUUCAGGAUGUAGAUAUCACCCUCGUUCUCAAGUUCAGGAUGUAGAUAUCACCCUCAUUCUCAAGUUCAGGAUGUAGAUAUCACCCUAGUUCUCAAGUUCAGGAUGUAGAUAUCACCCUCGUUCUCAAGUUCAGGAUGUAGACAUCACCCUCAUUCUCUUUAUUGCCAGUGUUUCAAUUCUGGAGAGCGAGCCAUUGGGAUGCAUCCCAACUGGCUUCCUAAUCCCUAUAUAGUGCAUUACCUUUAACCAUAGCCCAGGGAUAUCAUACGUUUUUAUGGGGGGGGGUUGUUUUCGCAGGUGUGGUUGUUGCCAAUUCUAUCCGGUUUAGCUGUGGGGGCACACAGUGUCCAGUGGGACAGGACUGUAUCAGUGUCAGUGGAAUACUUCGCUGUGCAGACCCAUGCCAGACCUACACCGAACUGAAAGACGACUGGCGCGCCACAAACUACAACAGCCAGGUUAAUGGGGGCUUACACUGCGACCAGAGCAUGAACUUUCAGGGCUGGUAUCGCCUGUUCUUGGGGAACACCGGUGUUCAGAUGCCAGAGAGGUGUGUGGAUAUGAACAUGUGUGGAACCCACGCCCCCAUGUGGCUCACUGAUCCCCAUCCCCAGCUGUCAGACGGAGUGGUUCAGAGAGGUGUCUGUGGGAACUGGGGAAGUGGCUGCUGCUCAUUUAAACAAGGUCCCAUCCAUGUCAAAGCCUGCUAUGGAAACUACUAUGUCUACAAGUUUGUCCCUGCAGUAAGCUGCCACUUGGCCUACUGUGCCGGUAUGUACCAUCAUAAUGUGCUUUUUACUGAUUCUUAAAGACAUUAAGAAUGUUCCAAAGUGUCCAAUUCACUCUCUGAACCCAGAACCAAGUGUCUGCAUUUAUAUUAACAGUAUUUAAAGACAUACUUUAGACACCACACAACGGUUGCGUAAACAUUUUUGUGGAACUCAUCUGUGGUAUCACAACCGUAGUGACAAAUACAUUGUACAUCAGCUGUAUAACCUGCGUGUGUACUAGACACAGAAAAUCCAUGAAUCCCCCUUCCCCUCUGCUGUUCCAGACGUCAACACCAAGGUGUGUUCUACCUGUAGAAACGAUGAGACCUGUAUGAGUGACAACAAGAUCAACUGGAGGUGUGUGAGGAAAGGUGAGUGUUAAGAAAAACACAUCUUACUUUUCAGUGAUUGAUUGACUUAUUGGGAAAAAGAUGCACUGAGUAAAACCCAGGGGUUAAAUCGAUUUACAACAUUUUCCAACUUCUCAUGGAAUACAUUCAACACUGAGAAAACAACACAGCACAUAGUAAAUCAAUAACUACAAAGAAUAGAUACAGGAAUAUGAAAAUUCAACCUAUUCUGAUCCCAUCAUUCAUGGACUCUAUCAUACAUGAAUAAACCUAUUAUCAUUAUCAAUACAACUAUAACAGCUAAGAUGUGGCUGACAGUCAUUUUGUAUUCACUAUUUGCUCUUGGCACCUGGCUGAUAGUCAUUUUGUGUUCACUAUUUGCUCUUGGCACCUGGCUGAUAGUCAUUUUGUGUUCACUAUUUGCUCUUGGCACCUGGCUGACAGUCAUUUUGUAUUCACUAUUUGCUCUUGGCACCUGGCUGAUAGUCAUUUUGUGUUCACUAUUUGCUCUUGGCACCUGGCUGAUAGUCAUUUUGUGUUCACUAUUUGCUCUUGGCACCUGGCUGAUAGUCAUUUUGUGUUCACUAUUUGCUCUUGGCACCUGGCUGAUAGUCAUUUUGUAUUCUCUUGUUUUUCUCUAUUCCUCUCUUUCAUUCUUUCUCUACUGCCCCUCUCUAUCAACCUUUUAAAACAGCCCCUACACCCACAACUACAACAACUCGGAUAACCACCACCAAUCCUCCUAUCAUGGCUCCAGUGGUAGUGUGUGGGCGGAGCCUGGUACAGGUGGGUCUCAACAAGGCUAACCUGAAGGCCGCUGGUCUGAACGCUUCCACAGCUCACCUGGCCGACCCUAGGUGCUCCGCCACGAGGAUCAUAACGGAACGGUGUUGGUACCAGGUGGAGCGCAGGGAGGGACGCUGUGGAAACAUUCUGGAGGUGAGAACACAUUACCUCAAUGUCUGACUGGAGGUUAUUCAACACUGGAAGAGUUUUGUUUAUAACUGAUCCUUAAUGUUAGUAGGUCUGUGUAUAAGACCUUAAUGUUAGUAGGUCUGUGUAUAAGACCUUAAUGUUAGUAGUAGUGUAUAAGACCUUAAUGUUAGUAGGUCUGUGUAUAAGGACCUUAAUGUUAGUAGGUCUGUGUAUAAGACCUUAAUGUUAGUAGGUCUGUGUAUAAGACCUUAAUGUUAGUAGGUCUGUGUAUAAGACCUUAAUAUUAGUAGGUCUGUGUAUAAGACCUUAAUGUUAGUAGGUCUGUGUAUAAGACCUUAAUGUUAGUAGGUCUGUGUAUAAGACCUUAAUGUUAGUAGGUCUGUGUAAGACUUAAUGUUAGUAGGUCUGUGUAUAAGACCUUAAUGUUAGUAGGUCUGUGUAUAAGACCUUAAUGUUAGUAGGUCUGUGUAUAAGACCUUAAUGUUAGUACGUCUGUGUAUAAGGCCUUAAUGUUAGUAGGUCUGUGUAUAAGACCUUAAUGUUAGUAGGUCUGUGUAUAAGACCUUAAUGUUAGUAGGUCUGUGUAUAAGACCUUAAUGUUAGUAGGUCUGUGUAUAAGACCUUAAUGUUAGUAGGUCUGUGUAUAAGACCUUAAUGUUAGUAGGUCUGUGUAUAAGACCUUAAUGUUAGUAGGUCUGUGUAUAAGACCUUAAUGUUAGUAGGUCUGUGUAUAAGACCUUAAUGUUAGUAGGUCUGUGUAUAAGACCUGAGUAUCAAUUGAACUGUGAACACUUCUCUUCUUCUAUUUCAGACUAACACCACCCAUGCUGUCUACUCCAACAGCUUAUUCGUUUAUCCAGUAGAUGGGAGAAACAAAUCCCAACCCGUGAGCUAUCCUCUCUCCUGUGUCUAUCCUCUGGAGACAGAGAGCAGCCUGGAUGUGGCCAUCAGACCCUACCUACCGUGAGAAAAUACACAGAACGUUUAUUACUUUUAUUCUGUUUUCUUUGUGCAGAACAGACCAGUCAUUAUGACAUCAAACUCUUUUUAAUAAUUGUGUCUUCUGGUGUUUUCCAAUUGAAGAUAUUGUUAUACAUGAAACACCUACAUUAAGUCUUCAUAUGUAAUAACUGUUAGGAAUAACUUUUUUUUUUUUUUAUAACUUUGAUAUCUGUACUUAUAAAGCUGUCUAAUAUCUGAUGUCUUUUGGCUUCAUGUUCACCCCUUGAUAGAAAUGAUCAUGGAGUUGUUGGAGUCGGUGCCAAGGCCAGAGCCUCCAUGUUUCUGUAUCGUUUAUCCAACUACACAGAGCCUUACCCAGCUGGUGAAGUCCUCCUGCCGAUUGGUUCCACACUGCACGUGGGCGUGUCCGUAGAGGAGUCUGGGAUGGAACGUUUUGUUGUUGUUCUGGAGGACUGCUACGCCACCCAAUCCCCCAACCCGGAUAACCUCCCGCGGACCUACAUGAUUCAGGACAGGUCCAUGACUCUAUUCAUCAGCUGUUUUGCAUAUCUAUGUGUGGUUGUUUUAUGUGUGUGUGAAGUAUGGUAUGUUUGUUGCUGUGUAAGGUCAGUGUAGCCGUGCAUACCUUGAACCCUAACCUUUGCUGUUUCUUGGCUCUUCUCCCAGGUGUUCUAGAAAUCGUACCCAGGUGACCGUGGAGGAAAGUGGCUCGUCCCUCAGGGCUCGCUUCUCUGCUGUGUUGCAGGUGGACUACCGUUACGUCUUCCUGCACUGCAGCCUCAGCCUGUGUGACCAGAGGAGCUCCUCCUGCACUCCGGUGAGUCCUCAACUCCUCCACGUUCUCUCUGACUCUUUGACUUAGUGUUUGUCUCUCAAACGCAGUGUUUGGUCUCUCUGACUUAAUGGUUGGUUUCUCUGACUUAGUGUUUGGUCUCACCGACUUAGUGUUUGGUCUCACCGACUUAGUGUUUGGUCUCACCGACUUAGUGUUUGGUCUCACCGACUUAGUGUUUGGUCUCUCCAACUGAGUUUUUGGUCUCUAUCUCUCUCUACAGGUGUGCUCCGGAAGGAAAUCUCGCUCUGUGUCCGAUUCUGUCCUCCUCAAGCCCCUAGCCAUCGGGCCAAUCAGCUGUGAGUAUUUUAUUCAAGUUUAGUUCAUAAGCUAAUAUACCACAUAGGAUUUAGGCAAUAAGUAGCUGACUGCUGUCGCCAAGCUGUGUUUUAAUGACCACCUGCUGGGUGCCAGCGAACGGUGGCAGUUUUCACAGAUUCAACAUGUAGAUUAUUUGGGAAAUGAUCAGGAAAAGAAUGGCCUGGUCAGAGGAACUGUCGUUCUGGUGUGUUUCCUCUCUAACUGUCUGAUUCUCUUUGACCCCCAGGGGCCUAGAGUCUAGAGUGAGCCUUGGGAACCCCCCAGCAUGUCAUAUGAAGGAUGGGGUCCCUCCUCCACUACUCCCCUGAUCUCAGACCUACAGCCAAGUAUAACUUUCAAGGGCACAGAAAUACUUGUUUUGAUUAUAGUAAUUCAUUUAUGCACUACAGUGUGAUUUCAUUGUACUGUAUAUGUUGUUUACACAUAGACUUGUAUUGUUUUUGAGGACUGAUCAUUUCCUCAAAUCAUUGUGUAAGUGCCAACCAAACCUGAGUUGCUGUGUGUGUAUGCUGUGAUUUGAUUAUGACAAUAAAUAACUGAUGAUGAAACACAUUGUCUAAUGAUUGUCUAUUUAACAGGUUGUAAACAUAGAUACAUGUCUAUGUUUAUUGUAAGGCAGGAUAAAUACAUAUUUACAAAAGGCAGAACAAUGAGGGAUUGAGGCAGAACAACGUGUGGCUUAUUUGGUAUAGGAGAAAGUACUAAAAGACCAUAGCAGCUUUUAGGAAAGCUGGCUAAACUUGUUAAAGACAAGUGACAUUCAAGAUACAUGUUUAGUCAAUGUGCUGGACACUUCCAAGGUUGUCUUACUAAAGCAGUGGGACCAUUAGUCAUAUUGGUGUUAGAAAUAGUGAUGUUUAAGUUCCACUGUAGAAGAACACAAUAAAAUACAUCAGAAUGACCAUGACAGUCUGAGUAGUAGUUUAUGAUUCUCCUUUCUUAUGGCUCCAUUGUUACUGUUGGUUGAGGACCUUCCACUUCUCUCCAUUGUUACUGUUGGUUGAGGACCUUCCACUUCUCUCCAUUGUUACUGUUGGUUGAGGACCUUCCACUUCUCUCCAUUGUUACUGUUGGUUGAGGACCUUCCACUUCUCUCCAUUGUUACUGCUGGUUGAGGACCUUCCACUUCUCUCCAUUGUUACUGUUGGUUGAGGACCUUCCACUUCUCUCCAUUGUUACUGUUGGUUGAGGACCUUCCACUUCUCUCCAUUGUUACUGUUGGUUGAGGACCUUCCACUUCUCUCCAUUGCUACAGUAAACUCAACGUGGGUGGUUCCUUCAGGCCCCUGUACUGUGGCCGGGAUUCAGUCCAGAGCAACAUUAUAAUAGACUUUAAAAGGUAGCUGCUCUAUAACACGCCCUGGAUUGAAUCCAGGCCUGUGUGUGUGUGUGUGUGUGUGUGUGUUUGUGUGUGUCCUAUUCCCUAACUCAGAACAUCAUGUCCAUAACCCAGUUGUGAAUGUAUUUAAUCUGACGGCUAAGAUUAACCAGUAGGCUAUGUUUGAUUAGGUUUUUGAGAAUGGAACAGCAGAUUGUUUGAACAGCAUAAGAUAAGGGUUGCUUGCGUAACUGACUGAUGACAAUUACACACGUUUAUAGACACUGUGUGUGUGUGUGAGAGAGAGAGAGAUAGAGAGAGAGUGUGUGUGAAUGGAUUGUGAGCACAACUUUUGCUGCAGGAAUUUUAGAAUGGAAGAUUAUCAUGGGAAGAUAUUGGGUUCUCCGUUAAAAUGUAACUUGUUAUCAGUGACAGCGUCUGUCCAGGGGGUGUACUGGUACAUCAAGCUGCCUCAUUCUACAGAAACAGGAGAUAGACUAGUGUCCUGUCCAGGGGGUGUACUGGUACAUCAAGCUGCCUCAUUCUACAGAAACAGGAGAUAGACUAGUGUCCUGUCCAGGGGGGUGUACUGGUACAUCAAGCUGCCUCACCCUACAGAAACAGGAGAUAGACUAGUGUCCUCUCCAGGGGGUGUACUGGUACAUCAAGUUGCCUCACACCACUCAUUGUUUCUCAAUCCUGGUCCUGGGGAACCAAAGGGGUGCACAUUGUUGUGUUUACCCUAGCACUCACACACUUUAUUCCACUAAUCAACAUCAUCAUCAUCAUCAUCAAGCAUUUGAUUUGAAUCAGGUGUGUUAGUACAGGAACGAAACCAAACAUGUGCCCCUCUUUGGAUCCCUAGGACCAGGAUUGGGAAACACUGGGCUACAGAAAGAGGAGAUAAACUCGGUUCCCAAGUGGCAAAGUCAAAAUUGGCUUUUUGGUCUUAAUUUAAAGUUACGGUUAGGCAUAAAGUAAGCAUUGUGGUUAAGGUUAGGGUUAAGGUUAGGUUUAAAUCAGAUUAUAGGAAGAUAAAUUGUAGAAAUAGGCGGGGCUUCUGACUUUACCACUUGCCCACAUAGUAACGACCGAUAGGCUCCUGCCCAAUGGGCCCUUCUGGCUCCGACCUAUGACCUAUUAUCAUUACUUAUUAUCAAUGACAGACCAACAUAACACCAUCUCUGAGUGAUGAGCUCAUGAGUUCAGCUCCGUACAGUUAAUAAAGGGGCAUUACACUUUAAACUAAAAGUUUGUCAGACGUUUUCAGUUUUCAGACUUCAAAACUAAUUUCAAGAUGUAAAAAAAACACAAAAAAACAUAAUGCGACAUCGGUUGUGUAGAUUCAGCUAUAUGCCUCAACCCCAAGUGAAUGGAAAAGAUAAGCACUGUAGAAAACCUUAGAGGCAUAUGGCAUGAUCUACACAACCGAUGUUGUGGGUUUCAUCUUCACAUUAGUCUACUUUUGAGGUCUGAAGGUCUUUCAUUUAUGAGUGAAUGUCCCUUUAAAGCAGUGUUUCCCAAUCCUGGUCCUGGGGACCCAAAGAGGGACCAUUUUGUUUUUGCCCAUGUACUAACACACCUGAUUGCCCAUGUACUAACACCCCCCACUUUUGGGAUUGGGAAACACUGCUUUAAACAAUAAGCUUUAUUCAGUUCUUCAAUGUUUCAAUGUCAUCACCAUGGGCACAUUGGCACAAGGCUAACUGGCAUAGAUUAUAUUUCUAAUAGUUAUCAGUUGGUUUGUUCCAUUCGCCAGGAAUUCCUUUUCCUAACAAUUAAUUAGUAACUCCGUUAAAAACAAUAUCCCUUUACUGUAGUCACAUGAUGCGCCCCACCACCCCCUCCUCCCCUGAAAAACGAGUGAAUAUAUCCUCUAUCUCUAAAGUCAAAUCCAUCAUACGCUGAUUGGUAAGUGAGCGAUGCCUUAUUCCAUAGUUUCAACUAUAACUUAUUCAUUUUGUAUGAAAAUACUUAACAUUGUAUUCUUAGAUUUUGCCACAGUUGAAGUGGAGAGGGAAUUCAGGAACUCUUGGAGGGCAGUGGAAGUUGAUCAUUUGUUCUUUUUAAACGCUUCUUCAUUGAUAAACCUAAUGCGUUUAGCUUUUAUCAUGUUUUGAUCCUGAUGAAGACUAAUAGGCCGAAACACAUUAGUUUUAUGAUUAAAUAAGUAUUUUCUUUAUUUUUAGGUAUCAACUUCCACUGCCCUCCUCUAUACUUCAGUCUUCUCCUCAAUUCAUUCACCUUGGUUGCAGAGCAAGGUAGCGGAAGUGCUCCCUUUGGCUAUAAUUGUACCAAAUGUAUAUAUAUAUAUUAUUUGUUUCAUUUUUUAUUUUUCAGUCCUGUGUCUGAUCUGAAGAGAAUCUGAACAGAAUGAUGUCAUUGGGUGUUCUGCUGGUGCUCCUGAUCUUUAAGCAUGUUACUGCAGACAGCUCAGGUAA